ACUAAAACAAAGAUAUCAGUAGAGUGAACUUGUAACCUUGCUGCUCGGCGGAUCCUUCCGUGGGGGAUGGAGGAGAGCUCUCAGUGGCACUCAGAGUCCAUCCAGAAGAGAUCCUUCCAGUUGCGUGUCGUCUUGUCCUUAUAAACGUGCCACGAAGGAGGAGCUGAUAGGAUCCUGCUUUCUCUGUGCUCCUGAUUCCCAGAAAGGAGGGAAGUAUGGCAUGGACACAUUUCGAGAUCUGAAAAGACACAGUCUCUACCUCUGGGAUGUUGGUCCCAGUGUCUAAGGAAAGGCUCCUUUCUUGCCCCGCAGGUGAGGACGUCAGCAGGACCUAUCCUUGGCUUUGCAAAGAGGGAAGGUGACAGAGCAACACUCCAAGAAAAAUGGCUAGAAAUUCUACUAUCAGCCUCUGACCUCUGACCUAUGGCUUCAGUGCAGGACAACCGAAUCCAGGAACAGAUAAAGCACACCAUAGUACUUCUUAAAUUUUUCACUGAACGUGUGCCCCAGACAUGGAAGAGAGGAAGUACAUACCCUCACACCCAGGGUGCAGCCUGAGACAAUUCGCUACACACUAAAAAUUUCUUUGAGGUUGUGUGUCUGCAUAAGACUUCAUAUCUCUUUUGACGGAAGCUGGCCAUAGGCUGUGUCCCCGCCUUUCCAGGAAACUACGAAAGUUCCUGCAGAAGUAAAGUAGGAUUUCAUAAGAACAUGAUGGAUGGAGAAGAGAAAACCUAUGGUGGCUGUGAAGAUCCUGCCAUGGAUAUCAUAUCAAUAUCUUCGGAUGGUCAUGAACUUGUUGUCAAAAGAGAACAUGCACUAACAUCCGGAACAAUAAAAACCAUGUCGAGUGGCCCUGGUCACUUUGCUGAGAACGAAACUAAUGAAGCUCCCCCUAAUGAAGUCAAUUUUAGAGAGAUCCCUUCACAUGUGCUAUCAAAAGUAUGCAUGUACUUUACCUACAAGGUUCGCUACACUAACAGCUUCACGGAGAUUCCUGAAUUCCCAAUUGCACCUGAAAUUGCACUGGAACUGCUGAUGGCUGAGAACUUUCUAGAUUGUUAA